AGAAAAAAUGUCAUCAAUUGUUGACGUAGUAAAUGUCUGUUUUUUUAUAUAUACAUAAUUUUUUUAUAAUUUUUUUUUUUAUUUUAAAGACAAUGUUCGUGUAACUAAUUCGAUCUCUUCUAAAUCCCCAAUAUUCUCAUUACCGCGAUGGCAUUAAAAAUCAUAUUUUUCACCUGCUUUUUCUACCAAGCUGUUCGUACUGGACCAUUGUCCCAAGUGGAAAACGAAGGUUUCUUGGAAAACCCCAGAUACCAUCACUACGACGAGUUAACGAACACCUUCAGAAAACUAGAGACGGAAAACCCGAGCCUCGCCCAACUGAUUUCUGUGGGGCGAUCGGUAAAAAAUAGGGAAUUAUGGGCCUUGCAUAUCAACUCGAAUGUUAACGAGCGAGCCUUGUUAACCCCCAUGUUCAAAUAUGUGGCGAACAUGCAUGGCGAUGAAACGGUCGGCAGGGAACUCAUGAUCUAUUUGGCUGAAUAUCUGAUUUUAAAUUAUGGGAAAAACGAAAGGGUCACAAGGCUGGUUAAUACUACAGACAUUUAUUUGAUGCCCAGUAUGAACCCUGAUGGUUUCGAGAAUUCACAGGAAUCCCUUUGCCAAUCAAAACCUGGGUAUGUAGGCAGACAGAAUGAAAUGGGCAAGGACUUAAACAGAGACUUUCCUGAUCAAUUUGAUGAAAAAUUAACUAAAGGUACUCUGAUCGCAGGACGACAACCAGAAACUGUUGCCAUGAUGACCUGGAUCACCUCAAGGCCAUUUGUAUUGUCCGGAAACCUGCACGGGGGUGCUGUAGUAGCCAGUUAUCCCUAUGACGAUUCAAAUACGGGAGCUGAAUGCUGUAGAGAGAGUCCUAGCCCGGAUAAUAAUGUUUUUAAGGAGCUUGCGUUGCUGUAUGCCCAGAAGCAUCCGAUAAUGCGACAAGGAACGGCUUGCAGGGAUAAUUUUAAACAAGGGAUUACUAACGGAGCAUUUUGGUAUGAACUAACAGGAGGCAUGCAAGACUUUAACUACCUAAAAUCAAACUGUUUCGAAGUAACUUUCGAACUGAGCUGCUGUAAAUAUCCUCCUGCAGAGAAGCUGCCUGAAGAAUGGCAUAAUAAUAAGGAGUCCUUGUUAAGUUUUAUGGAAGCAACACACUGGGGCGUAAAAGGUUUGGUUAGGAGCGAAACCGGGGAGCCAGUGCUGGACGCCGAUGUGGUCGUAAAAGGGAUUAAUCACAACAUUACCACAUCUAAUAGGGGCGAAUAUUGGAGGCUUUUAUUGCCAGGGAAAUAUGAGAUGUAUGCCAAUGCUUUUGGUUUUUACCCUUCAGAAGUUGUUACGGUGACAGUGGAACCGGGAAAAACGACAAUACAAAACUUCACUUUGGCCGCCCAAAGUUUAAAAGGUGAAUAUCAAGAACUAAUAACCGUUAAAAACCAACCAGACGAGUACGGCUUCCUAAUAAAGGACCCAAAGCUAUUCCACCACCACCACUACCCAGAAAUGGUUGAAUACAUGAAGUUCUUUAAUAAAACUUACCCGAAUAUCACCCAUAUGUACUCCAUAGGGAAAUCCGUACAGGAGCGUGACUUGUGGGUGUUUGUUUUGAGUAAUACCCCCAUCAAACACACCCCCGGUAAACCCGAGUUUAAAUAUGUGGCCAACAUGCAUGGAAACGAGGUGGUUGGUAGAGAGCUUCUCCUUUAUUUAAUAAAAUAUAUGUGUGAAGUGUAUGGUACAGACGCAAGAAUAACCCGACUAAUGAACACUACCAGGAUCCAUUUGAUGCCUAGUAUGAAUCCCGAUGGAUAUGAGAUGGCUACCGAAGGGGAUGCCUCAAGUAACAUAGGAAGAAACAACGCAGAAAACUUCGAUUUAAAUAGGAACUUCCCGGACCAGUACGGUACCAAUUCGCUUAACAGGUUCUUGGAACCCGAAACCCAGUUGGUCAUGAGGUGGAUUAGUUCCGAACCGUUUGUGCUCUCCGCUAACCUCCAUAAUGGGGCUUUGGUCGCUAAUUAUCCUUAUGACGAUGAUCCUCCCAAUGGACCUAAGAACAUUGAAAAUCUCUCUCCGGAUGAUAAGGUUUUCAAGCAUUUGGCCAGCGUAUAUUCUAAGGCACAUAGAACCAUGCACGAAGGCAAACCAUGUCCGAUGUUCCCAGACGAAAAAUUCGAGGGUGGCAUCACCAACGGGGCCAAAUGGUACCAAGUGACGGGCGGCAUGCAGGACUACAACUAUAUCGUAGCGGGCUGCAUGGAAUUGACCCUCGAAAUCGGCUGCUACAAAUACCCUUACGCCAAAGACUUGCCUCAGUAUUGGCUGGAUAAUAGAGAAGCCUUGAUCGCUUAUAUUGAACAGGUUCAUAUAGGGAUCCACGGUUUCGUAUCCUCCACCGCUGGCCACAGAAUACCACAAGCGGAAGUAAUCGUUGAGGGUAACGACCAUCCGGUGAGAACCGCCAAAGAUGGAGAUUAUUGGCGGUUACUUUUGCCUGGCAAGUAUAAUAUUACGUUUGCCGCAAGGGGUUACGAGUCUUAUACGACAGAAGUGGUGGUACCUGAAUCCGGCAGUGUCGAAGUGAGCCCUAACUUGAUGAAAGACGAUCCGCAACACUGGGCGAGCGCCUACGAUUUCGGAGUGGAACCGAACGUGUUUUACCCGAAAUACCAUUCGAACUCCGAAUUGUAUUUCCUGAUGUCCAAUUUGGAGAAUCGAUAUCCCGAGGAUGCCGCUUUUCAGGGCGGAGACGAUCUGGUGUCAAUGGUGGUCCACUGGCUGAAAAUCUCCAAACAGGUGGAGUCCUCUGGCGAGAAUAAAUUCCACAUAGGAAUAAUCGGGAACCUGUUUGCCACACAACCGAUCGGCAGGGAAAUGACCAUCGAUCUAGCCCGUCAUUUGCUGGAAGGUUUAAGGUUCCGGGAUCCGACAAUUGUCGACAUUAUGUCCAAUACUGUUUUACACGUCGUGCCUGUCAUCGAUAAAGCGUUUGAACAAAUUUGGGGUAAUUUUACGAAACAAUCGGACGGCCUAAACAAACCCGACAAGUAUUUUUGCAAUAACAUCACGGCCGAUUUCAAACAGGUGGGACAACAGAUUUUGGAUUUGAAUAAUCGGCUGACCAGUAGCAAGGACACGAUCGCCAUCACCAAUGCGUUUAAGCAUAUGUUAUUGGACGAAAAGUUUGAUUUGGUCAUUAAUAUUGAAGGGGGAGGCAAUGGGGUCGUAUAUCCUUUCACGCAAGACCCGGUGAAAAAGUACGAAAAACUCGCCAACCUCUACACCUCGAGCAUCAAAAUGCCGCAAGUUUGCGAGAAAAAGAACUUACCAAGCACCGAUACCGUAUUAACAGACUUCCUAUUCAGAGAAUACUACACGCCAAUGUUAACAGUGAAAGUGAGCUGCUGCGAAUACCCAGCGGUGGAAAACCUCCCAUACAUUUGGAGGGACAUUUUGGACCCGUUGAUGAGCAUUUUAAACGCCACAAGAACCGGUAUUGAGGGUGCGGUUACCAAUAAACACAAACUGCCUCUGCACAACGCCACAGUAAAGGUCUUAAACACCGAAGAGACCCACGAAGUGACCAAGAUUAACGCUCAUUUUAAAAUAAUGCUUCCUCCGGGGAUUUAUCAAGUUGAAUUCUCUUGUGAAGGCUACCGACCCUUUAAAACGGUGGCGACAGUGAAGGAUCUUAGCUUGACUGAGCUGAAUGUCGAUUUGACUAAGAUCGGUGAUGAAACCGUGCCUAUUAGCAACGAAAUCGUCGAUAACACGUUCAAUUUGAAAGACAUAGUUACCCCUAGUUCGUCCAAUCAAAUAACUCAUUCGAUUAAAAAAGGCUUCGUGGCAAAUGGUAUGAGCGUCACGGAUAAUUCGAUAAAAGUGCCCUUUACUGGAUUUACUAAAUCAGGCAUUAAAGGUUAUAUCUUGGACACAUUAAACCAUCCAAUAGCAGCAGCUAAACUGCUUAUCAAAGAACCGAAUAUAACCGCCCAGGCAGACGAAAACGGAAGGUUCGGAGUGCCGUUGCCAUUGGGUACGUACACGGUCAUAGUGGAUGCCAGCGGGUACUUUCGGGACGUCACUUUGGUACCGGUGAACGACGCGGAGGUGCCGCAAGUGGUUAUGUUCGCCCUGAAGAAGAAUAAUACCGUUUGGGGUAUACCGAGGUUGGCGUUUAUCACUUUGGGAGGUUUUAUCUUGGCCGGUCUCGUUGGAAUGACCAUUUUUUGUGUCAUGCUUUGCAAACAGAAAAACUACGAAUACGGACUAUUAUCGCAGCACGCCUUCGACGAGGACAUUUAUAAGGACGACCUGGACGACUCUAAGGAAACAGAAAUAUUUUCUCGGCCAAUCCAAAAAAAACCAAUCACACGUCCGUACUAUGAUGAAGAUGAGGAGGACGAGAACGAUUUCGCGGACGUCGAGGGGAAUUAUGAUCUUUCCACGGACAGUGACGACGAAAUCAAUAAAUUAAUUAAAUUAACCAAGUGAUUAUAUAGCGUUUAUUGUAUAUUGUUUCUAUGGUUGUGCCUUGCCGAACCGAGGGGGUCAAAAAAACACUUUGUUCCAUUAUUAAAUUAUCUUAAGCUAAAAAAGUUAAUACUCAGCAAAAGUAUUAUUAUUAUUAUUAUUAUCAGGAUGGAUUUCAUUGUUCGAUGUUUUUUACAGGACUAAAAUAUUACAUUUUUAGCAAAUUUUGCAUUUAAAUUUCUAUUAGGCAAUAGUUUGUUUUAGUAUUGGUUGUAUAAUGUAUGCCUUAACAUUGUGAUAGUAUUAAUGAUAGGUACUAAAAUAUACAGGGUUUUAUAAAUACAAUACAGGUUUUAGGGCACAAUUUUCGGAUUAAAUUUGCCCUCCAAUACCGACUUUGUCAUUUUUACUCCAGCUUGUAUGAUAAUGUAUACUGUUUUUUAUAAACCAACAUUUAUGUCAAUAAAAUUUUCAAUUUUUUUAAA